CAGCACGCGACUGUCGAAUGACUUAUCGGUGCAUCGCCUUGUUGCUCGGUGCUGCUCGCUGGCAUGGCAGUGGCAAUAAUGGCGGCCGCCUGAAACAAGACAAGCGAGGGACUCGAAAGCGCGACUACAACGGGUUGCCGUUUCGGUCUGUCUUUGAUGUUGCCGUCCCACGAACGACCAUGGAAGUGACCGCAAAAAAUUUCCAGGAGCAGUUCGGCCAGCUCAAGGCGGCCGUCGAAAAUGCAUCGUUCGUCGCCGUCGACUGCGAAUUUACGGGUCUACACUUGGAUCGAAGUACCCACGCGUAUGACACUCCAGAGGAACGCUACCGAAAGCUGAGAGAGACAUCUUUAGAUUUUCUGGUGGUUCAAGUUGGCGUGUGCACGUUCCAGUACGACAAGGAAAAGCAUGGGUACAGUUACAAGGCAUUCAACUUCUAUGUUUGUCCGAAACAAACAGUCAAGGGUGCGCCCGACAGAAUGUUUCAGUGCCAGGCUAGCAGCUUACAGUUCCUGAGUCAACAUGGCUUUGACUUCAACAAGCUCUUCAGUCAGGGUGUCUCGUACCUGAAAGCCGAAGAAGCAGCGCAGCUACGCGAAUCGCUGAGCGAGCGGCAUGCCCUACAGCUCAGGGAGAUAGGCUCGCCCAAUAACGGCCCGGCCAAGAUGUCCAAGGUCGACAUUCCCAAGGACAGCCAGGGCUUCGUCGACGAAGUCCUGGACAAGGUGCAGGAGUUCUUGGACAGCACGUCAGACGUCGAAAUGGAUGAGGACGUCGGAAACACCUCAAAGGGCUCGGCUAAGGACUCCGCCGAGAACUCCCCCGAGAACUCCGCCAAGAACUCCGCCGAGGACAGCAGGGUACUGCACCUGUCCGAGUGCAGUAGCUUUCGACGCAAACUCAUCUACCAGGAGGUGUACGCGCGCUUCGGCAGCAAGGUCCAGCUGAACACGGAGGCAGACUCGGAGGGGAUGGUACACAUAGCCGUGCGCAUUGCUGGCUCGCCGGAAGAACAGCGGGCCAGGCUCGAGCUCAAGCACAAGAAGGAAAGGAUGACAGGCCAGCAACCCAACGUUGCGCUCUCGCGUCAAGUCGCUCGAGACAUCACAACGGCCAAACAGCGCUCGGGAGACCGAAGAACCGCCCGUCCGAGGAAAACGAGGGAGCAGGAGGACCUCGAAUUGGCGCAUGGCUUCAGCCGAGUCCUCGAGCUGCUGGCUUCGAGUGGCAAGCUGAUCGUGGGGCAUAACAUGCUGCUCGACAUCAUGCACCUGCUCUCACAGUUUGUGGACGACCUGCCCAAGGACUACAAUGAGUUCAAGAGCAUGGUGAGGGCUGCCUUCCCAUCUCUGGUCGAUACCAAGGUGCUUGCCAGUGACAGCGCCAUCAAGGAUACUUUCGCGUGCACUGCCCUGGAGUUGCUGCUCAAGCAACUUCGCAGCAGGCCAUCCUGUGUGCCACCCGUGGAGUCCGAGCCUGGCUACGGCUACAACCUGGACAAGGCCAAGUACCACGAGGCUGGCUACGACGCAUUUGUCACGGGCAUGUGCUUCAUGGGCCUCUGCCAGCAACUAGGUAAAAACAAGGACCAUAGCGUUGAGCUGAAGGAGAGUAGCCCAGUCCUGAAGCCAUAUCUCAACAGGAUCCACAUGAUGCAGUCUCCAGACAUUCCCUCUCUAAACAUGGCUGGAAACGAAGUGAUACCGUCUCGGAGCCACGUAUUGCACGUGGCGUUUCCUGCAGAAUGGCGUGCCAAUGACCUCUACCAGUUGUUCAACAGCUUUGGUCAAAUAGCCAUCCACUGGAUUAACUCAACGCAGGCAUUUGUGGCCAUGGCUAGCAGCCCUCUUGCAACUCAGGCUCUGAAGAAACUUGGCUCGAGCAAGACCUCGAUCCACGAACCCUACCGCCUAGAGAGCUACACCACUUACAUGACCAGGAUGUCACGUCAGGCUGCAGCAGCAACAGCAGGGAACAGAGUGCCCUCGUCACGUGACUCUGAGUCAACAACGGAAGACUCGAGCACAGCACGCAAGCGGAAAAGAUCUGCCUCAUUUACCUCUUCGGCACCUAGCAGCCCUCCUCGAAUGUCGGAAGACGAAAGUGCCAAACUGAAGAAGGUAAGCCAAAGCCGAAGCUGGUGAAAAAGAUGACGACGACGACGGCCGUACAAAUUGCUGUCACCGAAAAAUUCUUCGAAGAAAACGACGACUGGAGCUAGGACGACUGCAAGAGCUUUCCAUCCUCCACCCGUCACCUCACUCAUCCGCAUACUUAAGUCAGCAUUAUAAAACACAUUCUCUCAGACA